CCCACAAAAACUUUCACCAACUGCAUAUUCUCUCUCCCUCUCUCUCUCUCUCUCUGUGUCUGUGUGUGUGUGUGAGAGAGAAAAUGAGCAACAUAAGCAUGGUGGAGGCAAAGCUGCCACCAGGAUUUAGGUUCCAUCCAAGAGAUGAAGAACUGGUUUGCGAUUACUUGAUGAAGAAGGUAACCAACUGUGGCUCCCCUCUCUUGAUUGAAGUCGACCUCAACAAGUGCGAGCCUUGGGAUAUUCCUGAAACGGCAUGUGUGGCAGGUAAAGAAUGGUACUUCUACACCCAGCGUGACCGGAAAUACGCAACCGGACUCCGUACAAACCGCGCAACCGCCUCAGGCUACUGGAAGGCCACCGGAAAAGACAGGCCGGUCCUCCGUAGAGGUUCCCUUGUGGGGAUGAGAAAAACCUUGGUGUUCUACCAAGGUAGAGCACCCAAAGGAAGAAAAACCGAUUGGGUCAUGCAUGAGUUUAGGCUCGAAGGACCCUUUGCUCUUCCACCAAUUUCUUCUCCCAAGGAGGAUUGGGUGCUGUCUAAGGUGUUCUAUAAGAGCAGAGAAGUGGCUGCCAAACCAAGCAUGGGAAGCUGCUAUGAGACAGGAGGUUCAUGUUCAUCAUCUCUCCCGGCAUUAAUGGAUUCUUACAUCACAUUCGACCAAACACAUCAAAGCCAUGUAGAUGAGUCUCAGCAAGUGCCCUGCUUCUCCAUUUUCAACCAAAACCAAAUUACCAACCCAAUUUACACACAUAUGAUGAGCAGCAGCAGCAUGGAGCCAAACGUGAGUGCAACCAACACAUUUAAGGGUUUGCCAAACAUGGCCUUAGACCCUUUUUCAUGUGACAAGAAGGUUCUAAAAGCUGUUCUGAACCAACUAAGCAGCAUGGACAGCAAUCUUCCUAAUCUAAAAGGAUCGCCAAGCUUAGGAGAAGGAAGUUCGGAGAGCUACUUAUCUGAUGUGGGCAUGCCCAAUAUUUGGAACCAUUUCUGAUUUUUCGACUCCAAACAAGCCUUAAACCAAAAAAUUAAUUAGCUGUAAAGAGAUGUUAGUAUAUAUAUAUAUAUUUUAAUGGUUUCCUCUUAGCAACAUAUAUAUAUAUAUAUCCAUCUAUAUUCUACAUAUAUUUUGGAGGCUUAAUUGAAUAUCCUUGAUUGUAGCU